AUGCACUACACCGCCGCUCUGCGUAUCGCCCGCUAUACCAUCGCUCUUCUCAUAUCCUUCCUCCUCGUCCGCUUCUGCAUUCACGCUCGUGAUCGAUCUCGUUUCCAACGCCACCUCCACGCUCGCUACAUCACCUGGUCCGACUUUCCCAGCCAAUACACCUCCCUCCUCAAAUCAAAGGACUGGCCAGCGCUCGAAGCCGACAAGUUCGACUACACCCACUCAUUCCCCUCCUCAUCCAACUCAACAAUCCCCCGGACGAUCCACUUCAUCUGGUUCAAAGACCUCUACUCCACCCGGCCAGACACAACGCAAAUCCCCUCCCUCGGCUCCGAUGCACCAGAGCUAUGUCAAAAGCACAAUCCAACCUACAACAUCACGAUCUGGGAUGCCAAUGCUGGACGUCGACUAAUAGAAGAUCACUACGCUUGGUUCAUCACCACCUACGACUCAUACAAGUAUCCGAUCCAACGCAUCGACGCAUUGAAGUAUUUCAUCUUACACCACCACGGCGGCGUGUACAUGGACCUCGACAUCGCUUGCCGACGACCACUAGAUCCUCUCCUGGAGUUCCCGGCUUGGUUUCCCGAAGCGUCUCCUCUGGGCGUCAACAACGAUUUGAUGGCUUCGAGGGCUGGACAUCCGGUCGUUGAAUUGAUGAUUCGGAAUCUGGAGCCGCGGAGUCGAUGGAACUUCUUGUUCCCUUACGUCACCAUCUUUUGGACUACUGGGCCGCAGUUUACGGGUGAUAUGUUGUUCAAGUGGUGGGCUGGGCAUUCGACUGUCAUCGCGGAGACGGGUCAAGACAGUAAGUCGGCUUCGAUAUGA